CUCAGAGACUGAAGGAGAGGUCAUCGGGUUACUAUCAAUCGGGAAGCGUGAUACUUCCAAGCUCCUCUAGUUUGCGCAAACCCUACGCCGUGCUGAUGCUCUUGGGUGUGUUUACCUCUGACGUCUACUUCCGCGUGACUUUACAACUAGGUUGGAAUCGAGGAAGGCGCCAGAUUUGAAGAUCGGUCUGCGAUCAAAUACUUUACCAAAUGGAUAACCCAAGACAGAAAGGUGUGUUUGAUCACCUGAUGAUGUUAGAGAGGAGAGAAGCGGCAGUACUGCAAAGACAUCAGAAUGAGCGUCUGGAGGAACUACGUACAACAGCAGCAACACUGCGUGCAAAAAAAGACAGAAUCCGAGUGGAAACAUCUGCAAUAAAGAAUCUGAAAGCUCAAAUGGACCAGGGGCUGCCACUGGAUGAUGAUGAAACUGAACACUUUGUUAAAUUUGAACCAUAUCUGCUGAUGUCCAGGCGUAUGCAGCUUAGGGACCUUCAAACUGCCCACAGACUCAUUGCUGGAUACGACUUGAUCGAGAGCAAACAAGGCAAAAGUGUGUGUGUGUCAUUUCACACUGCCUUUGAGGGUGUUUGCUUGGAAACCUACAACAUGGAGAUGGACCUUAACCGCAUGGUGCAGAUCAGUCGUCAUAACAUCCCUCCAUGUAUACCACUGGAGAAACUCGCCAAGGAGAAUCUACAGACUGAUUUUAAAGGCUUCCUGCAAACACUAGACCUACACCUUAAUGCUUUAGCUGGCCGCAAACAGCAGAUUACUCUCGUAAAGGAACUCGUUGGGACAGUAGAAAUCAUUGAAAAAAAUCAAUUGUGCAACUUUCUUGCCCUUGUGUGCAAAGCCCCAGCAGAGAGUGAUGAGGAUAUUCUGUGCACACUGGAGUAUGGUGACCUCACCCGAUGUCUCCCUACUCAUGUUGUCAUUGAUGGUGAAAAUAAAACACUUAUAGAAUCUCCACAGUGGAAGGAACACCAAGUAUUGCUCCUGGAGACUCCAGUUCACAGUGCUCUUUUGACCAUGAGAAAACUGGGAAGCAUUUCAUGAACAAGGCAGAAACAAUUUCUAA